ACGCCCUCAGUGCCCAAGGUCCAGUUCCGAGCAGCCGUUUACACCGGAGAGGAGAGUGACGGAGAGAUCGCUGCGAUCGUGUACCGCAGCGGUGACAUCCGGCACAAAUCCACCGUCCGCUGCUACACCCGUCAGGGCUCGGCUCAGGUCGCCACGGACUUCGACGAACGGCCCAACACAGAGACGUCCCUCAUCACUUUCUCGCCCGGUGAGGUGGAGAAGCCGUGCGUUCUGUCGCUGGUUGACGACACUCUGUUUGAAGAUGGAGAAGAGCUGAGGCUGCUGUUAGGCAGCCCAAAGAGCGACUCCCAGUUUGGAGCAUCACUGGGGGCUCAGAACGAGACCCUGGUCAAAAUCAAGGACACAGCUGACAAACCCAUCAUCCGUUUCCUGGAGAAAAAGGUCAGCGUCAGCGAACCCAAAGAGGCGGGAUCUGUGGCGACCGUUAAGAUUCCUGUGGUUCGACUGGGAGACACGUCCAAAGUGUCAGUGGUCCGGGUUCACACCAAAGACGGGUCAGCGGUGUCAGGAGAAGACUACCAUCCUGUGUCACAAGAUAUUGAAUUUAAAGAGGGCGACAAACAGCACGUGGUGGAGGUGGAGGUUCUGUUCGAUGGAGUCAGAGAAAUGAGAGAAUCCUUUACUCUCCACCUGAAGCCUGAUGAGAACAUGGUGGCUGAAACUCAGGCGAUUAAAGUGAUCGUGUACAUCGAGGAGACCAACAGCAUGGCUGACGUCACCUUCCCGUCGCUGCCUCACGUGGUGUCACUGCUUCACUAUGACAACGUGGCCAGGACUCCAGAGAACCUCCACCCAACAGCUGGUUACCCCGUCAUCUGUGUGACGGCCUGCAACACAAAAUACCCCGACUACGAAAAGACGGGCUCUAUCUGUGUCAGCGAACAAAUCAACAACACUCUGACCCGUUACCGCUGGCUCAUCAGCGCUCCAGCGGGGCCCGACGGCGUCACCAGCCCCAUGAGGGAAGUGGACUUUGACACCUUCUUCACCUCCUCCAAGAUGAUCACGUUGGACUCGGUCUACUUCCAGGCCGGCUCCAGGGUUCAGUGUGCUGCCAGGGCUGUCAAUUCUAACGGGGAGGAAGGUUUGGAGCUGAGCAGUCCUAUCGUCACCAUCAGCCAGGAGGAAGGUUUGUGCCAACCACGUAAAAUGGGAACAGUCGGAGCCGAGCCCUUCUCCGCUAAGCUGCGUUACACCGGCACGGACGACCCCAAACAUCCCAACCUGAUCAAAGUGACCGUCACCAUGCCUCACAUCGAUGGCAUGCUUCCUGUCAUCUCCACUCGCCCUCUCAUGAACUUCGACCUCACCCUCAGCCCAGAUGGAACCCGGGUGGGGAACCACCGCUGUUCCAACGUGCUGGACUAUAACGAGGUCACCACUAGCCACGGGUUCAUCACCCCGUCCACGCGCAGCCCUGAGAGCAUGGGAGACGCGGUGCCUUAUCAGUUCAGCGGCCCUCUGCGGGGGAACAGCACGCUGCGCUUCUACAGGAACCUGAACCUGGAAGCGUGUCUGUGGGAGUUCAACAGCUACUACCACAUGUCCGAGCUGCUCACAGACUGUGGAGGAACCAUAGGCACUGACGGACAGGUGCUGAACUUGGUCCAGUCCUACGUGACGCUGCGUGUCCCUCUAUACGUGUCCUACGUGUUCCACUCGCCCGUGGGAACCGGUGGUUGGCAGCACUUUGACCUGCAGUCGGAGCUGCGUCUGACGUUUGUGUACGACACCGCCAUUUUGUGGAAGGACGGCAUCGGCAGCCCCCCACAGGCUGACCUCCAGGGUGCUUUAUAUCCCACCAGCAUGCGUAUCAAUGAGCAGGGUCGACUGGUGGUGAAUUUCCGAACCAAGGCUCGUUUCAGGGGUCUGUUUGUCCAGGCCCACUCUGGAGGACGAAUCAAACGAUCUGAAACCCCCAUGACUUCUGUGGUGAUGAGUUCGGACCACCCUGGCCUGACCUUUAACCUCACCUUAGUGAGGAGUGAACCCACCUACAACCAGCCGGUGCAACAGUGGAUGUUCACGUCUGACUUUGCUGUGAGAGACUACUCUGGGACGUACACAGUCAAACUGAUCCCUUGUACAACAGCCCAGAACACGGAGUACACGGUUCCGCCCGUCUGCAGUCCCAGAGAACCCGUCACGUUUGACUUGGAUAUCAGAUUCCAGCAAGUGAGUGACCCGGUGGCGGUGGAGUUCAGUUUGAACACUCAGAUGUUCUUGUUGUCCAAGAGGAGCCUGUGGCUCUCCGACGGCUCCAUGGGUUUUGGCCAGGAAAGUGACGUCGCCUUUUCUGAGGGUGAUACAAUCUAUGGCCGUGUGAUGGUGGACCCUGUUCAGAACCUCGGAGAUUCCUUCUUCUGCAGCAUAGAGAAGGUCUUCGUCUGCACGGGUGCAGAUGGAUACGUUCCAAAAUACAAUCCCACCAAGUUUGAAUUUGGCUGCCUGGCCGAUUCUCCGUCUCUGCUCUAUAGAUUCAAGAUUCUGGACAAGGCUCAGCCAGAGACUCAGGCUCAGGCGUUUGGAGAUGUCAGUUUCAACUCUGUCCUGGCAGUGGACGAUCCUUCAGCUCUGUCCCUGGUCAGACAGCCAGGGUCUGACGGCUUUAGACUGGACUCUACUGCCAUGUUCCAGGUUGCUGCGGGUCGUGAGUGGUUCAUUCACACUAUUUAUACCGUCCGCUCCAAAGAAAGUGCAAACCGAGGUAUUGGGAAGCGCAGCCUCGAGUAUCACUCCUUCUCUUCAGCGAGCAGCGAUCUCACUUUGACCAAAUCGAGAGUCAGCAGUCUCCGCUCCAGGAGGUCGGCGGCCGACGACGUCCCGGAGAUCGUCGAGGACAUUGGGGCAGAAAACAGCCGUGGCACCAACAUCAUGCACAUCGCUUUGGACCGCACCAAGCGGCGGGCAGGCAGGUUGGACGAGGUGCUCGACCAUGGGCUGCGACCCAGUGAGCUGAACGCAGAGGAGCAGGAGGAGGGGGUGGUGACGGUGGUGGGGGCACUGGUUGGCGUGCUGCUGACCGUCCUCAUCGUUGUCGUCAUCGCCCUGGUGCUGAGGUCCAGGCAGAAGGAUGCGAAGGAGGGACUGCGGGAGGAGGUGCAGGAAGUGGUGAGAGGGUCGGUCAGCACGGAGCCCAUGUUAGUGGUGAGGAUGCAGGACUGCCACAACAGCUCGGAGGUCUGAGGCUGGUGGGGCGAGCGACGGACAAAGGGGAGAGGGAGCUUUUAUAAAACUUUGGAUUUCCUUUCCUUUCCUUUUUUUAUUUUAAACUGAUAUCAAAUUACUUUCAUAACACCAAAAAUCUGAGAUCAAGUGUGUGUGAAUGUGUGUGUGAAUGUGUGUGUGUGUGGGUAUCCAUGUUUGUUUUUGGGAAAAGGGGGUUUCUACAGUAUUCUAGUCAUUGAGCACCUCGGCCACUGCAACAGAAAACAGCACAGACAAACAUCACUCAACAUUCCAGCAUGUCUCCCCACUCUCUCUUCUUCUAUUCUUCCACGACACAAUGUAGUGCCAUGAACAAGGGACAGUACCACACACUGUACAUUUCCACCACUAGGAGCUACACUGAAGUACUGGGUCUAACAGUAGUAAACUGAAGCAUCGUGUUAAAGUGCCUGAGGAAGCUCUGUCCCUUCAGAAUGGUGUAGUACACAGAGAGCCAAUAAAAGUCCACUUUAAAUAAUUAACAUUAAAAGCAUAUUUGUCAGAAAAGUUUGUCCAACAACAGAGGGCACGUCCAAAAAUAAUGUAGGCAUGUUUUUGUAGACCAGACCUCACUGAUGUCACUUCUAUCAGGCUCCUGAUAAACGGCUGAGUUGUCAAUCACACUUUGUCCACUAAUACAAUUUGUUCUGUUUCUGUUGAGCUUUAUCUUUGUCUGAUAUUUCCCUUAAAAUUAACCCAAAAUUAACACAAUUGUCAUUGUCAAAAACUAGCAACUGACAACCUGAAAACUUCUAUUUAUGUAGUAUUAUAUCCAAAACCGUCAGUUUUCCACCCAGCCUUACUUAGUACAUCUGAACCAUCCAUUGUUUAUUAAUUCAGGUUUAUUAUUGCUACCCUGAGCUGUCAGUGGUGUCAGGAAAAGUAAGAAUUUGUGCAAUUGUUUUGGCAUUGACAAUUUUUGGGUUCCCCAAACAAGAUACUGACAUGGUCUACUUCACUUUUUUAUAUACAGUCAAGAUUUUGACCUAAUUGGAAAUAAACAGCCAAUGACUUUGUAUCUAAAUAAUAUAAAACCCGGCUGCAGCAGCAGGUUAAAGAAAUAUUUGCUUCUUGCACCUGCUGUGUUCCUGUGUCAGCACGUCCAUGCAAGACUUGUA